AUGAACCCUCGCGAACAAUCUGAUAUGGCUCCGGCCAACUCUUAUCCCUCGCCGAAUGGUGCGCAGAUGGCCCAGGGGGCCAUGCCGUACUACAGCAACCGCCAGCUGACCACCGACGAACUCCUCUCUGCCGAACUUUCGCGUGAAGCCUCGGGUCCUGGAAUGGGCGAUGGAUCGAACAAUGGUGUGCAUCAUAACCAGGGUAUGGUUUUGGGUUCUUCCAAUGCAGGUGAUCUGGGUCGUCCUUCAUCCGAAGAUCAGCACCAACAUCAACACAUGCUACAGUUCACCCCUGGCCAGCAAGUUGGCGUUGAUCCGAACCAUGACUUGAGCUAUGGUGAACAGAGUGCGCGUAAACGAUCGAAGAUCUCACGAGCUUGCGACGAGUGCCGGCGCAAAAAGGUGCGAUGCGAUGCGAGCUCGGAAACUGGUCUUGAGACAUGUUCAAAUUGUCGCCGAUUGGGUGUUGUCUGUCAAUUCAGUCGCGUGCCGAUGAAACGCGGGCCCAGCAAAGGUUAUAUCAAGGAACUUGCCGAGCGACUUCACACCCUUGAGAACCAGAUGCAGCCCGGAAUCGUUCAGCCUGAUGUGCCAUAUCAGUCCAUGAAUGAGGUGUCCCUCCCACGGGCAUACCAGGAUUUCGCCUCACCGGUGGAUUCGGGCUCUGCCAACCGCAAGAGAACAUAUUCUGUAUUUGAGGGUCUCCCCAGCUCAUCAUUUGCGCAGCCAUCGUUUAAUGCGCGCGGAUCGCAGAGUGCGUUUGAUGCAACUGAUUCCACAGCAGACCCUUACAACACGACCGUGGCCAGUGGUUCCGCACCGAAACCAGGCAACCUUUUCUGGAACCCAACUGGCCACGAGCAGGAUUUGCCAAGCGGUCUUGAAAUGGCGGACUUGCACAAACACGAAGGUGACGACGAUAUGUCCCCAGUCAUUCUUGAUGAGGGGGCUCUUGAUGCAUACUACCAAAAGGUGCACACAAUUCUGCCAAUUCUUCCCCACACCAGGGAGCGAACCUUGGAGCUUCUUCACCAGUGCAAUCGGGAGGCGCAGGAAAUCUUUUGCUAUGCGCUUUACACUGUUACUCGCACUGAUCUGUCUCGUGUCGCUGGUAACUUUGAGAGAGUUACCUCAUUUGACAACGCCCAGGAUCUUGUUCUGUACCACACCCGACAGCCAUUAAUCGUCCACUCCACCGCAGUCAACCUCGUAUGGUUGCAAACCCUUCUUUUGAUGAUCGUCGACUGUGACCAGCGCGGCCCCGAUAACUUUGUCCUCAAAGACGGUAUUCCUAAGCAUACUUUAGUGCAAGCUGCCAGCAAGCUCGGCUAUGAUUUGGCGAAGAAUCAGGGUCAACUGAAGAACAAGCGACCAUCUGAUCCUGAUGUUGACUCCGAUGCCAACUUGACUCGGCGUAACUGGGUGUCAUUGAUUAUCCUGACCCGCUGGUAUGCUAUUAGUGUGGCCGAUGCGACUGUUAUCGGAGGACAAGAGAUCGGUGGCCGUGAGGAUGAGAGAGUUGUUGGCCAGAUCACGACUGGUAUUGCUUCGUUUUCAACGUUCCUGUCGGAAAUGGUCACUCUGGCCACAGUCGAGCACAAUGUUUGUCAGACUAAUACUGGACUCGGCCGAAUGGUGGGGGCCAACUUGGUUGCUUCCCUCGAGCGCCUAUCAGAGAUGGAAGAUGUAUUCAAGGUCCACGAACUUCCCGAGAAUACUACGACUCGCACCCUCUUCGAGAGCCUCCAGGCUCAGCUAUAUUGGACCGUCCGUCUUCUCAUUAAGCGCCAUGUGUUCGUCUACAGCCCUUAUGAGAUUAUUUACUGCGCCCAGGAGGUGAUCAAUGAGCUCUACAAAGCCACCCUUCAGGCCCGGCUCCCAACUCCAUUUGACUUGCACAGCUUAGCUCUCGCAUCUAUGACCUUGCUCGAGGCUACAGUUCUUCCCGAACAUGCUCAUGACUGCUGGACCUCGCUCGAUCGGGUGGAAGAAAUUCUGGACUACCGUGACAGCCGCACGAAUGAGAUAGGCGAGUUUAGCAAUAUCCUGGGCACUCCAGGUUGGGAUGCGAAGAUUCGUGUUUUCCUUGAAUGGCGCAAGGCCAAGUCACAAGAAAGCCAGCUUCACGAGUCCGUGGGUAAGGUUGGCUCUGGAAUUGCACCACCCGUCAUGGGCCCGAAUGAGCAGCGUUCUCUACAGCACCUGGCCGACUUGGCUGUCGGUGCCGAAGACUCUGUUGGCCAAACCUCCGCCACCCCUCCCCCCGGCCUUGGUGAUCAGGGUGACACAUCCCCCAAUCUUGCGCCACAGCUCGCGCAGUCACAUGGUGGUGCUGGCCGUACCGUAGUCGAUUUCACCAUGCUUACGAAGGAGGGGUACUUGAACGUGUUCUCGGGAUUGAUUUACAACAAACGCUCCCGUUAA